AUGUAUGGGACGCGGUGGCCAUACACGGCAUUCACGAUGUAUGGUUUGGCGCUGUCGCGAAGUAUUUCUUUCGCCAUCGCACGAUCUCUCGGCAACACAACACCCACGCACAUCCCAACAAACAAGUACGAAUCUCGCUACAGACACCAGGAUAUCACCGCAAUCGCCGACAUACCAUGGUGCAACGUCGUGUUGAAGGAAAUCCUCCAUCCGGAACAUGCUGGCCAUGGUAAGUCGAUCCUCAUCGCGCGCCCAAUAAAGGCACUAAUGAUAUCUCAGUCGGAAGUGCAACCCCGACGACGGCUUUGCCUAAAUUUCGUUGGUCGGAAAUGUGGAAUGCUUUUCCCAUUGGAAAGAGGCUGCAUGCACCACCCAUAUGGGCUCGGUUACAACAAGAACAUCAAGGCGACUGACAGCCCUUUCACGCCUCGCGGUGAGGUCUUCCGUAUGCCUGGAUACACCCACGAUCAAAAGGCACUGGGAAUUGACCCUAAGACUCCCAAAAGCCAGAACUUCUUUGCGCGAACGGAAUUCGCUAAAAGACUCAAAAAAGCGAUGGAAAAUCACAACAAGAAUGAAGCCAACGAGCCUGCAGAGACCUCGCCAAUCGCGGCUGUCAAUGACUCUCAAGAGCAGUCCGCCCUCAAAGAGCUUCCGACAGAGCCUGCGACCAACGUGACGUCUAUCAAGACCGAGUCACAGUCACCACCACUGCCAUCUGUAGAACAACAGACACCGAGCAAUCAUUCGGGAGGCAGCAGCAAACGACAACCAAGCACCCGAUCACGCAGAGAGUCAUAUUCAACGCUUGCUUGUGGCGCUGAAACAAGCAGCACGCCAGUAGCAAGCAACCCCCAGCCUCGACUGCAGCAAGUCGAAUCGCAGGACGAUGCUAGCACAGCCGGACCACCGAUACAUGCGCCUCAGCAUGGACGUAGGAGUUUUAUGGACCAGAGACACAAGCAGGAGCAUACUGACCGAUCAAGAGUCAGCUACUUGGCCAACGACCAUGAUUGCAUUCAAAUGCACUCCUUCCAUCGCCCAUAUCCUCUUUCCCCUUUGCGAAGUUAA